CCUCAUUAAAUGACCAUAUGACCUGGCCAAAAACCUGAAUUUUCUCUCUAUUGGUAUUUUUCAGUUACAUACUAAAACCACCCUUUCAAGUAAGAAACAAACUGUUUGUAGAAGAAAAGAACCUACAAAAAUAUCUUUCCUUCUUCCAUUUUCCUUUCUGCAACAGCAAAGGAUAAUCCUAAAAAUUACUUUAAAACUACCCCUUUUCUUCUUUCUUUCUACCUUUAGUUCUCAAGAAUCAAAUAUAUUACCACUCUUUUUUUGGGAAUUUUUCAUCAAGAAUGAGAAAUAUAGCAAGUUGUUACAAUGAACAUGCUAUAAAAGUAACAGAUUCAUAUUGUUCAAAUCCAUCAAAUCAAGUACUAUAUCAUAUUCCUUCAGUGCAAAAUCUUGUUACUUGUAUUUACAAAGUCAAAAUUUCAACAGAGAAGCAAUUCUUGAUCAAAAUCACAUGGUGCAGCCUAUUACAACAAGGAUUAUUCUCAAUCAGUAUAAGUGACAAAUUCACCAAGAAUUACAAGCAAAUAUUAACAACAGACAAGUCAAAAGGUUCCAAAAUUACUGAAUCCUUAAAUUCAAGAUUCAAAAUUUUUUGGGAUCUUUCAAGUGCAACAUAUGAAGUGGGGCCUGAACCGGUCAACGGGUUUUUUGUUAAAGUACUAGUGAAUUCAGAGGUGGGGUUGAUUCUUGGUGACAUGGAGCAUGAUACUGAGCAAAGAAAAUCAAAUCUUGAUGAUAAAAAAUCAAGAUUUGUAUUGGUUUCAAGAAGUGAACAUUUUUCAGGCAGUUCUGUUUAUUCUACUAAGGCUAAGUUUUGUGACGCUGGAAAAUAUCAUGACAUAGUGAUCAAAUGCAGCACAGAAGAAAAGGGAUUCAAGAAUUCAUCAGCAGUAUUGUUUGUCUCGAUCGAUAGGAAGUGUGUCAUAGAGGUGAAGAGAUUAAAGUGGAAUUUUCGAGGGAAUCAGACGAUAUUUUUGGAUGCAUUGGUUGUAGAUAUGAUGUGGGAUGUUCAUGACUGGUUGUUUAAUCCAAAAAAUGGAUGUGCAAUUUUUAUGUUUAGGACAAGGAGUGGAUUGGAUAGUAGGUUGUGGCUUGAAGAGAAGAAUUUGGAGAAAAAUGAAGAAGAAAAAGUUGGAUUUUCUUUGUUGAUUUAUGCUAGUAAGAAUCCUGAUUAAUUGAGAAGGAAAAAAAAAGACUUAUGUUUUUAGUUUUCAUUUUUAGUUCUCUGUUUCUUGUUCAUCUUCGCUUGGACUUUUCAAAAAUACCGCCGGGCGCGUGUCGGAUUCUCCAAGAGUAGUGCAUUUUUGGAGAAUCUGACACGGGUGCGGCAUCAAUUUGGAGAGUCCGAGCAACAUGGUUAUGAUUAUUAUAAGGUGUUUGAUUAUGCAGAUUAUGGAAUUGUAAAUGAAAUUUUACUUUUCGAUUUCA